CAGUCACAAGGAGCCAUCAUUAAUGAGUGCUCUGGUAGGAAGCAUAAUUUAUAGAGAAGCUAGCAAGUUCUGAGGAAGAGGGAAAUUAACACGGACAGCAAACCACUAUCUUUGAGCAGCUUGUCCUUUAAGCAUGUCGAGAUCCAGUCCUUUUAGUUUCACUUCAGUGAUCUCCAAAAUGGGAACCUGGAGUUUGCCACUAUUCCAGUUGGUGCUCUCGGACCCACCAUGUGAAGAAAAUGAAAUGCACAUAAACUAUAAAAAUCAAUACCCAAAUGACUGGUAUAUCUGGUUCUUGCUCCUAAUUUUCCUGGUGGCUCUGCUAUGUGGAGCAGUGCUCUUCUGCCUUCCCUGCUGGCUGAGGAGAUGCGGGAUCAGUUCCUCAAGACGCACCGUGGCUGUUUUUGCUGUCGGCGACUUGGACCCUGUUUAUGGGACGGAAGCAGCUGUGAAUCCAGCUGUUGGAAUUCACCUUCCAACUCAAAACCCUGAACUGUAUCAUGUUUCAGGUUUCAACACUUCAGGAGCACCUCCUCCAUAUGAAGAAAUUCUGAAAUCAAGCCAACUUUAGCUAUGGAUCAUCAAUUGAAGAGAUUAGAAAUAUUUUUAAGACCAAAACAUCAAAAUUAGGGACAAUUUUUCUCAUUUAGUGGGAAUUCCAAGAGAUCAAUUAAUAUAGCCUUGGAAAGGACAAAUAGACAAAACAAUGAAUGUAGGGGGAAAAUUUUGGUCAGAAACAUAUUUUAGUAGUAUAUUAGUGGACUCAAUGAAUAACUGCUGUUACAUUUUCUUUUGCUAUAUCUCUAAGUUAAUGUUUCUCCAUUAAUACUCAUCGACAGUAAUUAAUAUGUAGUGAUCUCAAUUAAGUUUAGGAUUCCACUCUAGUACACAUCGCAGCUUUCUCUGCCUAAAUAUUUCUGUUUUAAUGUGAUCUCUCUCCUAAUAUGGAGUCAAUAAAAAUUGUCAUAAUUUAACAAUGAUGCAAACAGAUAUUCAGACACAUCCAGAGCCAGAAUCAGGGAAAAACAAAAAGUUAGAAUAAAUCCUCAAAAACGGUUAGGCUAUGAAUAAUACAAAUGAUUAAUAUUAAGUUUUAAAAUGGGUGUUAUUCAUAUUGACAAUCUAGGAGAGGGAAGAAUGUGUGAAGGAAGGUGGCUGAAAAUAAUGAGAAAGCUAAAUCCUAACCUCCAAUGGUGGGAAGUCAAUGAAUAAUAUCUAAAAUUAAAACAAAAAUCAAGAAAUAAUGAAAA